AUGAACGGUAAUAACACCUUCCAUUUUCUUGAACCUGAAACAUCGAAUCGAACAAUAAAGGAGAAACCAAAAAAAAAGGAGCCAAAUAUGUUUAUUUUAUUUCGUAAAGAAAUGAUGAAAUAUAAACCAUAUAAUAAUAUUCCAAUGACCAAAUACAGCAAAUUCGUGUCAGAAAUAUGGAAAAAUUUAUCUGAAAUAGAGAAGUUGUAUUUACAAAGGAAAUAUCAAAUAAAUCGAGAUCAAAAAUUACGACAAGAACAUGUGACUGGUAGCGAUCAAUGCAACGUAAUCCAUGAGAGAGGGCACAAACAUAUUGGACGAUUACAAAAAAAUGUAACCGACAAAAUUGAAAUUACUUCGAAUCAUCACGUGUUAAAUACUAAAGUUGUUGCUUCCGGCCUGAUUCGAGACUGUUUUUUCACCGAAAGUCCUCCGGACUUUAUUAAUGAUGAUUUCUUAAAUUUCAAGAAAAUUCAUUUGUCGGAAUUGUAUUACGAUCAAUCACGACCGAAAUCACUAUCUCUAUAA